AUGUCAUCGCUUAAAUACUAUAACGAGGAGGGUGCGGGCCAGACGCAUAGCGACCUUUACCAUUACUCCCAGGCUGUUAUUCUUGGAGAUAUCGUCAAGUGCUCUGGUCAAGGCGGCUGGGAUAACACAGGCAAGCUAGAUGGCAAUGAUGUUAAAGGCCAGAUUGACCUUGCUUUUGAGAACGUGGACCGCGUUCUACAGACUGUCGGUCUUAAAGGAUGGGAGGAUGUCUUUCUGAUUCGUACAUACCACGUGGAUAUGGGUGCAUCUUAUGAUUACCUGGUUGAGAAGCUAAAGAAGCGUAUUCCUGGUCACCGCCCAAUUUGGACGGCUAUUGCCGUUCCUUGUCUUGCAUUUCCUCCAAUGCAGAUCGAGAUUGAGGUUGAGGCCUAUAAGGGAGAAUAG